UAUCCUUCUGCCACAGCUCCAUCCUUUUCCCAACGGCUCUAUCCUCCUUCCUGCUGGCUCCAUCCUUCUGCCACAGCUCCAUCCUUUUCCCAACGGCUCCAUCCUUUUCCCACUGGCUCUAUCCUCCUCCCUGCUGGCUCCAUCCUGUUCCAAAUGACUCCAUCCUUCUCCCAUGGCUCCAUCCCUUUCCCACCUCGGCAGACCUUCGACUGGGGGACCCACUUCAGCCUCAACUUCACCGCGCGCCGCCCUGCCUGCCCCCGGCGCCUCCCCGAGCGCCGCGCUGCCAGCUGCCAGCCCCGGCCGGGCAGGGUGCAGCAGUGCCGGGCCCAGGUCUCCGUCUUUGCCUUCCUCCCUGACGUGCCACUGUCGAUGGUGGAGUGCAGCCAGGAGCUGGUGAGGCCUGCAGGUGCCCCCAUCCUUGGGGUUGGGGACAGCAGCAGGGAUGUGUCCCACCUCUUGGGGACGUUCUUUGGCUGCAGGGUGAAGCCCACUCUAAUUUCUCCCUCCCAGCAGCCCAGUGGCAGUGCCCAACAUCAUUCCUCCAGCAGCCCAGGUCACCCAUCAUCAUCAUCCUCCUCCUCCUCCUCAAGGCCACCACCACCACGUCCUCGCCACUCUACUGGCAUGUCACUGCCAAGGGCACCCCUUGGUCCCUUGUCCCCAAAGGAGAUACAAUAAAGACAGCUGGGGGUCGUGUGAGAGUGUGUGUGUGGUGUGGCACAGCUGGGGGAUGUUGGGCAACAAGGAUGGGGCAAGGAUGGGGUUGUGCAAGCCCAGAGGGCACCUAACCAACAUGGGCAACAUGCCCUUGGUGUCACCUCCGUCCCUGCAGGUGCCUGUGUCACCUCAUUCCCUCCCCCUGCACCUUGCUGGGGUCUCCAAGGGUUUGUGGUCCCAUCAAUCCCUCCUCAAGGAGCUCUGAAGGUUAAGGAGACCCUGUGGAACAGAGCUGUGGUGUCCCCAAAGGGGACCAGAGAUGCCACCAGCUCCAUGGGGAAUGUGUCCCAGCAGUGGCUCAGGAUCCUCCUGUCCCAUGUCGUGUGUGUCCCCCCCAGUUAACUGUCACCCUGUGGGCUGGGGCCAGGCAUUUCCUGGGGGGGGGCAGGAAGGAAGCUGAGCCCUGGGGUGGGUUCCCCAACCUCCCUGGCCGGGGAUAAAAGGGGACAGGGGGAGGCGGCCUUGGGCACGAGGAUGCCGAGCUCCUGGCUGCUGGUGCUGGUGGUGCUGGGGGGGGCUUGUGCCCUCCCUGCCCCUGCCCCCCUGGCCUACACCCAGGUGCUGGCUCAGGCCGUGGAGGCUUACAACCAGGAGCCCGAGGUGCAGAACAUCUUCAGGCUGCUCAGCGCCGACCCCGAGCCCGCCCCGGGCGUGGAGCUGAGCAGCCUCCGAGGGCUCAACUUCAGCAUGAUGGAGACCGAGUGCGGCCCCAGCGCCCGCGGCAACCCCGACGACUGCGCCUUCAAGGAGAACGGGGUCAUCAAGGAGUGCUCGGGAGCGCUGCGCUUCGCUGACGGCUCCCCCGAGAUCGACAUGCACUGCACCGACGCCAGCUCCGACCCGGUGCUGGUGCAGCGGGGCCGCUUCGGACGCUUCUUCAGCAGGAUUCGGCGCUUCCGACCCAGGAUCAAGUUCGACAUCCACGCCAGGGGCUCGGUGGGCUUUGGCUGAGACAAUAAAGGGGCCGGUGGUGGCCGCAGC